UCAGAUCAGUUAACGUCGGGUCGUGCCCGUGUAAAGCAAGCUGAAUAAUUUAGCGCAUUUUAACUGAAAAGCGUUCAGUGUCGCAGCGCAGCGGUUUUUACUUUUCACUUGAAGAGAUUCACAGUUAUCGAGUUCGGAGCACUCGUGUCGAAGCGCAAUGGAGCAUAAAGUUAACAGUGAGAAAUCGAGUUCCGAGCUAAUAUCAGAGUUGAAAUAUCCACAAAAUCCAAAUGCCAUCAAGUACCUCAAUGAACUGACGCUGAAGCAGAAGCAAGACUUUUUCGACUCCUUCGACGUUAUUCUUUGCGAUUGCGAUGGCGUCAUAUGGCAGACACUACAUGAGCUCUUGCCUGGCUCACCGGAAGCGAUCGAUUAUCUCAAACAGCAGGGCAAAGAAGUCAUUUAUGUCACAAACAAUAGCAUAGUACCCAUUGAUAUGCAAUUGAAAAAAUUUGAAAGGUUCGGUAUCGAGGUGAAGAAGCAUGAGAUUGUGCAUCCAGCGCAGACAAUUUGCGAUCACUUGAAAUCAAUACAAUUUGAUGGUCUCAUCUUCUGUCUCACUUCGGAAGCGUUUAAGUCGCUGCUCCGUGAUGCUGGCUUCGAUGUGGUGGAAGAGCUCGUCGGUUACGUAGAAACUUUGGACGAUUUGCGUGCGGUCAUAAACAGCGAUGACCCCGUUAAGGCAGUUAUUAUUGAUGUGGAUUUCAAUUUGACGGCAUCGAAGUUGAUGCGCGCCCAUGGCUAUUUGAAAAAGAAUCCGGAGUGCCUAUUUAUUGGCGGCGCAGCUGACACACUCAUCACUGUCGGCGGAAAGGAUGUUAUAGGACCCGGUCCAUAUAUAUCGGUGCUAGAAAAUACUGCACAGCGUAAGGCUUUAAUAUUGGGCAAACCUGGCAUGGCCUUACGCGACAUUAUAAUGAAGCAGCAUAAUAUCAAGAAUGCAAGUCGUUGUCUCUUUAUCGGUGACAGCAUUGUUACAGACAUUAGCUUCGCCAAAGUGUGUGGUUUUCAAACUCUGCUCGUGCUCACCGGCACUACAACGCCAGAGGAUUUGAAAUCAGAGCUAACUGAGACAGACACGCCGGAUUAUGUAAUCGAACGCUUGGCCGAUUUGAAUGGAUUUCUUUCAUAGUUUUACAUGUAUAUAUAUACAUGUUUGUUUAUAUAACUUGCUUUUAUUGUUCAAUAUUUUAGUAAAAUGCCUGCAAA